GUCUCAACAGUAUUAUUGUCGAUAGGUUUUACUGUAUUUUCUUUUGAUUUUCAGAUGAUUUCAAAAUUUAAAGCAUCGUUAGUCAAGUUUGAUAUUACUUAUCCUUAUGGUGAAAAAGAAGAUGAAUAUGGAAAAGUUGCCGAAUCGGCGAGAUUUUCUCCUGAUCUGUUAAUAGCAGAAGUUGGUGUUCAAGAUUAUGGUGAAAAAGAAAAUUCUGAUCUUGCUGAUAAAUACAACGUGCAUAAAGAUGAUUUUCCUGUCCUAAAGCUAUUUAUUGAAGAAAAAUCUGAGCCUUUUACCUUUACUGGGAAUUUCAAGGCAGAUGAAAUUAAAAAUUUCAUUAAAAAACAUUCAAGUGUACGCCUAGUUUUAGACAAAUGCUUGCCUCAAUUUGAUGAAUUAGCUGAAAAGUUUAUGGCAUCAGAUGAUAAAACUGAAUGGAAAAAUAUUUUAGAACAAUCCAAAAGACUAGCUGAAGAUUUAUCCGAUGAAACUGAAAAGAAAUCUGCUGAUGUUUAUGUUAAAAUGAUGCAAAAAAUUAUUGAGCGUGGUAUUGGCUUCAUUGCAAGUGAAAGAGAACGUGUAAAGAACAUUAAAGAAGGUAAAAUAACUUCAACAAAAAAGAACGAAAUGCAAGGUCGUUUAAACAUUUUGCAUUCAUUUAGACUGAAGGAAGAACUCUAAAGAGAAGGAAAUUAGAUUUUUAAAUUUCAUUAAUUUAUUAUUUUGUUAAAGUUUAACUUCUGUAUAUAUUGCUUCUGAUAUAUUUAAAGGAGUAUACUUCGGCAUAAAGGAAAUAACACUGCAAUUUUUUCUGUUUUAUGAAAUUCAAAAUUAGUUUUCCUUUGUCCUACAAGCAGUUAUUUGAAGAUGACUGAAAAUCCAUUGUUAGUACCAGCAUUUUUUCCUUAAAAAUAGCAAAUGUUUAGCAAUGUGAAAAGCCAAAUUUGGUUUGAUAUAUACAGUCAGAACUUGGUAUCUCGAACCUCCUUAUCUUAAAACCCUUAAUGUCUCCAAAAAAAAAAAUCCUAAUUCAUUUUUCACAAAAACUCCUGGGUAUUUUCCAUACUUAUCUCAAAAUUUAUUUUUCAAAACCAUUGAUAUGUCGAAGUUUCUGUACAGAAGUUUCAAUUGCUGUUUUUCCUUGGCAAUUUUUGUAGUAGAUCCAGUUCCAGAGACAAUUGCUUGUAGUUUUUCAUUCCUUUACUUGGAAAUUUUGAACAUAAGGGAUUGGGGUGAGAUAAUGAGGGGAGUGCUAUAGUCAUUUUUUAUCUCAGUGUUUUCCCUAGAUUUCAUACUGUUAAUGCUUUUCUUUGGAACAUGUUGCCCUGUAGAUAAGGGGUUAAUUUUUCGUCAGUUUUCAAGCAAAAACUGAAAAUGCAUUCCUCAUCAUUCUGCAUUUUUACCUCCUACAAAAUGACUGCCGAAAAGUUUUUUAAUGCGCUAUUGGUUUAGGAAAAAAUUAGAUUUUUUAAUUUUGUUGAUGGAGAAAGAAAUUUGAAAUAGCUGUUCACUUCAAAAUCCCAUCCAGUACUUUUCACAAUAAUAAUAAAAAAAACAUCUGGUUAGUGAAAAAAAACUAUGAUGAAAGAAACUUGAAAAAUAAAAAUUAGGCAGUCUGCUUAUCCAGAAGCAGCUAACAAUCCAGCUAAACAAUAUCUAAGAACCGGUCAAAAAACUGAAUGCUGCAUAUUGUCACAUCAAAACAGGAAUGUAAAUAAAUUUCAAAUCUAGUAGUCUUGAAGAAUAAUUUGUUAAUCAUAAUAUAAAGCUGUCCCAUAGUACAUGUAUAAAUAUAUUUAUAGCAUGUGUAAUUGUGAGAGUUUUCUAAUGCAAUUUUUUUCAAAACUUUGAUAACUCGACAUCUGGAAUUUUUUUUUUGUCCCAAGAGAUUCAAGAUAUUGAGGAUGUACUAAUAUAUAUAUAUAUAUAUAUAUGUGUGUGUGUAUUAGCAAUAAAAAAGUUGAUCAUGUAGGAGCGAAAAUUUAAACCAAAAA